AUGUCUCUACAAGAGCAAUUCGACAAAGCCGCUGAGAACAUAAAAAAACUAAAGGGCCGCCCUAGUGAUGCUGAUCUCUUGGAAAUCUAUGCUUACUUCAAACAGGCUACUGUUGGAGAUGCUAACCCUGCAGAGAAGCCCGGUAUGUUCGACUUGAAAGGCAAAGCUAAAUUCGAGGCGUGGAGUAGCAAAAAUGGAAUGUCCAAGGAGGAUGCACAGAAGGCCUAUGUCGCUAAGGCGCAGAGCAUCAUCGAUGCUAUCGGUCUACAGUAA